AUGGUUUACGUCCGCAGGCUGCCCCGUGGUAUAAGAAGCGCGCAUCUUGAUCUUCAUGCUGCUUCCAAAUGGUCCGGUAAAUGGUCUUCAUCGGGCGUCCUUUUUAGUCAUGUGGCUGCUGUGAAUACUGUUAUGAUGAUGAUACUCUCUUUCACAACGGUACUAUCUUGUAUCUCUGCCGUCACGGCAACCAUCUUGGAGAAUGGCCGUCCAAGGGUGACAGAUUUCAUCGACACAAAGGUGGAACUUGCUCUUGGCGACUUCAAGACGUACGAUGCCGAUGCCGAGGAGAUAUCGUAUAAAGGUCGAUGGGACUCCAAGCAGAUAUCGUGGUGGGCAGCACCGGGUAUCAAAUUCGGCUUCACCGGCCAUACUGUCGCGGUUACCUUUGGCAACCAGACCAUCAACAGCACUCUCGUCGCCUACAGAAUCGCCGGUCUAGACUGGAUGCACACCAACGUAACGGCGGGUGGCACUCACCAAUUUGUGAGCCCCGAAACCCCAGGUAUCGAGCUAGCUGGUCCUGUCAGUCCCGUUACGUUGGAGAUGAGAGUGACAAACUGGGCAUAUGGAGUCCAGAUCGACAAGGUCCAUGUCGCUUCUGGAGAACAGCUUGUUAAGAUCCCCGACUAUCCUCGCCGGGUCGAGUUCAUCGGUGACAGCCUGUCAGCAGGCAUGUAUAAUACCUACGAGGCACUCGCGGGAUUUGCGUACGGCGUCGGAGCGGGCCUGGGAGACACCGAGUAUUCCAUAACGGCCUACCCGGGCAUUUGCGUCACCGACCAGGAAUGUUGGGGUAAUCCUCGAGGGCAGUCCCAUCAGUGGUUUUACACAUCGGAUACAGGCGGACGAGCGGCCGAAGUGUGGGGAGAUGAACCAGAACCUUGGGACUUCUCCAAAAACCCACCUGCCGACCUCGCUAUCAUUAAUCUCGGCACAAACGAUGCAAAUGCUGCAAAUAACGUCACCAAAGCGACCUACGUCGAACACUACAAGAGACUCAUCCAGGGCAUUCACGGCAAGUGGCCCGAAGCUCUGGUCAUAGUCAUGCAAAUGUGGCAAGGCUUCUUCCAGGAUGGCAACACUUACGGCCAGAGCACCGACCUUCGGGACGAAGUGUACAGCGUGUACGAGUACUUCAACUCGGAAGAGUAUCUCAGCAACCCCACGACCUGGGAUGCCGUCACAAACACGACCGAGCAUACGGGUAGUCCGGCAAAACCUUUUGUGCACUUCUUCAACACGACGGGCAUACUCCAACACAAUGACAUCGCGCCAUUGUGGCACCCUACAGAUGUCGGGCAGGUCAAGGUCGCGAGCCACCUGAUACAGUACAUUACUCUGAAGCUUGGCUGGCCCCUGUAUGCCACCGGACCCGAGGUAUACCAUGAGACCCUGUACUGGAACGAUCAAACCAGCUAUUAA